GCUGGUGCAGUCAGCUUCACAGCUCCUUAAUGUUCCUCCGAGAAAGAACGUCAAGAAGAGCAGAAAUAAGAUUGAUUUCUGACAGCAAGGAAACACAAAUUGGGAAAAACUAUCGUGGGGUUUCUGCACAUGCUGCGUCCCCAUAAUGAAUGAAUCCUGCAGUCCGGAAGUCUGCUGCCCAGCAAUGCCCUUUGAGGACAGCAGGAUACUGCUGGUUGUGUGCUACAGUAUUGUUUUUGCCUUAGGCUUGCCAGCGAAUUGCUUUACUACAUGGCUCACAUUUGUACAAAUCCAAAAGAAGAAUGUUCUUGCCAUCUACAUUUUUGGCUUAUCACUGUGCGAGCUGAUGUACUUGAGUACCCUGCCCCUCUGGGCUAUCUAUGUACAAAACAAACACAGGUGGGAGAUGGGGUCAAUGGCUUGCAAGCUAACAGGAUAUAUCUUUUUCUGCAAUAUAUAUAUCAGCAUUCUGCUCUUGUGUUGCAUUUCUAUUGAUCGCUAUGUAGCAGUGGUGUAUGCUUUGGAAACCAAGGGGAAGAGGCAGCAGAGAACUGCAAUCUUCAUCACAUUCAUUCUCUUUUCUAUAGUUUUAGUAAUCCACUGCCCAGUAUUUAUUUUACAGGAUGGCGAGCAGACUUCAAACCGUACAACCUGCUUUGAGACUUUGCCACUCAACUUGAAAUUGGCUUAUUUCGGCCUUGCCAGGUUCCUAAUUGGAUUUGCCAUUCCUUGCACAGUCCUCAUUUUCACAAACUACAGAAUUUUCCAAAGUACCGAAAUAAGCAGCAGUUUGGGCAAACGCCAAAAAGCCAAAGUGAAGUACUUGGCUAUAGCCAUCAUCACCAUUUUUCUGAUCUGCUUUGCUCCCUACCACUUGGUGCUCCUGAUAAGAUCCAUAAACUUUCUUUUGCAUCAGAAAGACUCAUGUUCAUUUGAACACGAUAUAUAUUCUACUUCUGCGGCAUUUCUGUGUUUAUCCACUGCUAACAGCGUUGCUGAUCCAAUCAUCUAUGUAUUGGCUAGUGAACAUGCUAGAAAAGAUUUCUACACGAGUCUGACAAAAUGGAGAUAUCAGUCAUCCAUCAAUACCAGCCUCAAGUUGAAAAAUUCAAAAGAAUCACAGGAAGCAGCACAGACAUCAGAAAAUCAACAUUUCACCACACUUUCAAAUGAACAGUAGAGGUUUCAACCAUCAGCCAUCAACAGUGCCUUAAUGAGGGUUCUACUGGCAGUGAUUAAGGUGUCCCCCGAAAGAGUUGGAGGUCACGUUUGGGGCAUCACAUCAUCUUGAUGUGGCUUUGUCACAAUGCACGGUCCCAGCACUAAGUUCUUGGAGGCUAUGUUGGAGGAGUACUAAUGCCUAUCAGAAGAGGGAUCUGCUGUCUGCUUCCCAACUUAUUUAAACCACAGCCCACCAGUAUUUUCAUUCUAAACCACACUUUGCAAGGAGCAGCUACAGUCAAUUGACUGGUUUCCUUCAAGUCAGACUAAAACUUGACAAAUUUAUUCUCAGGGCUCAAUCCUUUUCUUGUACACUUUCAGCACCAACUUUAGCUUCUAAGGGGACUUUUUAGUUCUAAUCAAAAAGGAACAUCUCAAGGUUUACAUGCAUGCAGUAGCAUUUGUAGUUAAACGCUGGAAAUGGUAGAUCCAAAUUAAAGCCCUGUAAAUAUUUCUAAUAAGCUUUGACAUUUGGAUUUAAUUUACCUGACCUGAUCAGGGAAGGCAGAAAUCAAGAAGAGUUCCUUGCAUUAAGAGUUACCAUAAAUUAUCAGCUUAGAGCAUAAGGAUAAAACCCCUGCAUCAAGCUACUGUACAGGUCUGGAAUCCAUGGAAAUGUAUAUUUCAAAUGUUUGAUUCUUUAUGUUUGUUCAAAUCUUGUACUGUACUUAACAAAGCUUGUAAGAAGUUGUAGCACCUAGUACAUGUAUGACUAUUUUUGAUGAUUCCUCCCCAGUUUGUUUCAACUUGAACCUUAUAUCUGCAAGGUAUGGCUUAGCAUCAGUCUCUUGCAAAUAGAACUGUAGAGUCUAAGUUGUGAGCUGAUCCUUCAGUAUUAGUGUUUGGUUCAGGUACUAGCAGAUAGUAGUCCACGGCACUGUUGGCUGCCUGAUUAACAGCAAGGUAUUGAGAUACUGAGACUGAUCUACCUUCUGGCACUACUUAAGAGCUCCCCAGGACAGGGUAGUGAUAUACUGGUUAGACAGAGUUGAGAAACUUUCAUUAUUGCUGGCUACACUGUACCUGCGAAUAAAUGGAGAUACGUACUGUCCAGUGCCUUCAAUCCAGCAUGUCUCAUGAGGACAAAUUAAAAACGAACAAAAAAACGAAAACAAAUAAUUGUCAGAUGGCAGGACAUGGUCUGUGAUAAGAUCUCAUGCCUUUCAGACUCUUACAGUCCCUAGAUAAAGUGGGCAAAAGAUGACAAGAAAUCUUAUCUUGAAAUAUACUUGGUAUUUAUUUAAAUUAGACUUUUAAUGUUCUUAUAAAAUACAGUAAUGUCAUUGUAAUUUAUUUGUACUGUUGCUCCAGUAUUUCUUUUAUUUAAUUAAUCUUACUUUCUUGGACUAAACCAGAAUCAGAUAUGACUGCAUAUUUACUGUAACAUUUAUUGUAACUUGUAUUGCCAUUUAAAUGCAUCAUUCUCUAUUCUUUUUUGCAUUUUGAAAAAGAUACCUUUGAGCCAGCAGGACUUUACCUAAAUUUAGUAUAUUCAGGAGAGGAUGAAGUCCCAGUGGUGCAGAUUUUUGAUCCGGGCAUCAGAACAUUUACUUGAGCAUGCAUAGGGGUUUUUGUAGAGAAACAACAGUGGUUCAAGGGAGAACACUAGAUUUGUUUAUGGGUAAACUGAUGG